AUGUCUCGCCCACUCGAGGGAAAGCUCACGAUUGUGACCGGCGCGUCCAGGGGUAUCGGAGCUUCUAUCGCGGAGCACAUGGCCACGAAAGGCUGCCACCUCAUCCUCUGCUACACAUCCGCCAGUUCUCAACAGGGAGCCGAGGAGCUUGCGCAAAGGCUCAAGGCCGAGCAGAAUAUCCGCACCUUCAUCGUCAAGGCUGACCUCUCCACGCCGACGGGUGCUUCGGAGCUUGUUGCCGCUGCCAAGGCCGAGUUCGAAAAGGACGGCAAGUUCCAGAUCGACAUCAUCAUCAACAACGCCGGCGUCGCCUUCAACGAUAAACUCCCAGAGAUCAAGGUGGCCGACUUCGACAUCACGUACAAGGUCAAUGUCCUCGGACCCCUCCUCCUCGUCCAGGCAGCUCAGCCGUACCUACCUACCGACCGCAGCGGCCGCAUCGUGAACUUGAGCUCCGUCAGCGCCGGCUGCGGCUUUGUUGGGCAGUCCGUGUACGGUGGAACCAAGGCCGCGCUCGAAGCCAUGACUCGCACUUGGGCGAGGGAGCUCGCGGAAAACUGCACGGUGAACGCCAUCAACCCGGGCCCUGUCCUCACUGAGAUGUACGCCAGGAACACGGACGAGUUCAAGCGCCUGAUCAAGCCCUUCAUCGAACAUACCCCUUUGAUGAAGGCUAGGCAGGGUGUUGAUGCCGACGAGAUUGUAGAAGAUGCUAAGACUAGCGGAGGGAGACCCGCAUACUGUCAUGAGGUUGCCGGCAUCGUCUCGAUGUUGUGCUUGCCUGAUGCUGCUUGGUGCACUGACAACAUGAGCGAGGACCUUUUCGACGAUGCCCUCACCAUCGAGGACGAUCUCUAUAAGCGUGGCUACAACCAAGGCUACGAAGAUGGCGAGCGCGCCGGGAAAAUCGAGGGCCGGUCUUUCGGCUUGGCCAAGGGCUUCGAAAAGUUCGCCGAGAGCGGAAGAUUAUACGGCCGCGCCGUCGUGUGGGCCAACCGCCUCCCCUCGGCCGCAGCCACAGCUGGCAUAGGCUCGGAGGGAAAGCAGCAGGCACCGUCAAAGAUGCCACCCCUACCAGAUAACGCGAGGCUUACCAAGAACAUUGAAUCUGUGCAUGCCCUCAUGGAGCCGGCCACGCUUCCAACAGAAAACAGCGACGACGCCGUCCAGGAUUUUGACGACCGCUUUAAAAGGCGCAGGGAAAGGUUAGGGUCAUAG